GAUGCCUCCUAAAGGUCUGGUAGUUGUUGUUCUCUUUGACCUCUGGUGGGAGGGCAUUCCACAGGGUGGGUGCCACUACCGAGAAGGCCCUCUGCCUGGUUCCCUGUAACUUUUUAAUUAUUAUUAUUAUUAAGGACGUCCCUAUUUUUAUCGGAGAAAUGUUGGAGGGUGUCAAACCCAGCAAAGUACUGUAUGCUUUGUCCAAGUCUGAGUGUUGGCUUAUUUGUGUCUAUAGCAGAUGUUUCAGGGAGAUUUGAAGUGGGGGGUGGGGGCAAGUUCCCAUUCAUCUAUCUUGGAGCUCUCCCCACUUUUCUUUUAAACAAGAACAAAAGGUCUUUCUUAAAAAGGGGAGGAAGAUCCCAUCGCCUGCCAUGUACUGCAAGGCUGCUGGAGAUUCUCAAGCCCUCUCCCCAAAGCCUUUCUGCCCUGCUCCCUCCCCACCAAGGCAUAAUUUCAUGGGAACUGCCCAAGGUCACGCAGCCCAACAGGCAGCCUGGGAGAGGAAGGGUUAAACAGAGCAAAUCCUCUCUCCUGACCCAAGCCUAUGGAUCUCUCUUAGGCAGGGCUGGAAGGGGGGGGGAGACACCUACCCAAGAGCUCCAUUGGUGGAAGGAUCGUGUUAUUAAAAAAACCUGCUCCUUUAUCGCUUAUGUGGCGUCCAAAAGCCUGUAGAGUCUCCUUAAGUGGGUUCUCCAUCGGUAGGAGAAAUAACAGAGGCCAACCAGAGAAUACAGUCAUACCUUGGUUUAAGUACACUUCGGUUUGAGUACUUUCAGUUUAAGUACUCCACAGACCCGUCUGGAGCAGAUUAAUCCACUUUCCAAUUCCAUUACUUUCAAUGGGAAAGUUUAACUUAACUUAACUUUCAGGUUAAGUACGCUUCAGGUUAAGUACAGACUUCCCGAACCAAUUGUGUACUUAAAUUGAGGUACCACUGUAUUGAGAAGGAAAGAGGCUAGUAAGUAAGCCUGAUCUUUAUUCAACGAACUUGCUUCUUCUUCUUCUUUGGCGGUCCCUUGUAGCCGAGUAGAAUUGUCUUCCAUAACCACGGUUUUAACAGUUGGACUAGAUGACCCUUGGAUCCUUCCUAAAGAUUCCUGCAUUGCAGGGGUCUGGGCUAGAUGACUCUCGUGGUCCCUUCCAACUCUACAAUUCUAUGAGUUAACUAAGGGGAGAGCGCCUCUGAGAUGGUACAGAGUGCUUUCCCCUCCUCACAGAGGCUUCAAUCAGAUAUCACCCUUCUGAGGUAUAUAAUCCCUUUGGAAUUCUUCCCACUGUAUAAUUUCCAAGCAGGGAUUAGUAUUCCAGGCCUGGGCAGCCAAUGUUCCAGCCAUCCAGGAAGUCCUGCAGCCCGACCUGGCUUUCCUCCCCUUAGUUUUAAGUUUGCUAACGUGUUUACACGGAGGCGUCCAAAGGAGUGGAGCAAAAAAAUUGCCCCUCCCUGCAAAACAUGUCUAAUUAUCCCUAGGCUCAGAAGAUAGGUGCUCACUGCUCACGUUCAGCAACAGGUGCCUUUGAAAUGGUGUGGAAAGCAAAGCCUCCGCAGGAGGAAGUGCCACACCCACAAAUCGGGGCGUGGAGCAGGAACUUCUCGCCUCACUGCUCCAACCACUAAGCAUCAUUCCCUUCCGGACCCGGGAAGAGGUCCCAGGAGUUCUCUGCCUCUGAGAAGUCCCUGUUUCCCUUCAAGACCACUGUGGUCCAUUUAGAAAUAUAGAAAUAUAUGAAAGCAUAGAAAUAUAGGAAGCAAAGGAAGAUCGGGGGGGAAACCAGCGAUUCUAGGGUCGCGGUGAGCCAUGGGGACGGCCCCCGAGCCCCUGAACCUGCUGUGCCGAACGUACCUCUACGCUUUCCAUGGCUACCUCUUGGAAAUCCUAUUCACGGCCAUCAUCUUGGGUGAGGACUGGGCCUUCCAAGGGGCCACCACGUUGCUGUCUUUCUUCGUCUAUGGGACCUGCGGCCUGGCUUUGGAGCGCCUCUACACCUGGCUGCGGAAUGACUGCUGCCUCUUCACUCGUUGCCUCCUCUACAGCCUCUGCAUCUACCUGUGGCAGUUUUCAACGGGCUACAUUCUCAGCUGUUUCGGGGCCUGCCCCUGGGACUUCAGCGGCUUCUACUACAACUUCAUGGGGAUCGUAGCCCUAGAGCACAGCCUCAUUUGGUUCGUGGGCUCCCUCCUGCUGGAGAAGUGGGUCAUCUCCAAUGUGCUGAGGCUCAGGCUGGACGAGCCCUGGAAAGCCAAGGCGCGCCCCAUGCCCAAAUUUGCACUGAAGGAUGACUGACCUCUGGCUGGUUUUAAGGAGAAGGAGAAAAGAGUGAGGGUCUGGGUGGUGGGACUCCUUCCUCCUCCUCCUCCUCCUCUUGGACCUAUAAUUCUCUUUUAAAGCCAUCUAGGUUGGAGGCCAUCACUGUUUCCAGUGGCAGUGAGUUCCACAGGAACUAUGCGCUGCAACUGGUUGGCUGCUGCAAGAAUGCUGGACUAGAUGGGCCAAUCCAGGAGCCUCUUCUUAGAACCGUAGAGUUAGAAGGGACCACGAGGGUCAUCUAGCCCAACCCCCUGCAAAGCAGGAGUGUUUCACCCAAUGUAGGGCUCGAACCCACAGCCCCAGGACUAAGAGUGUCAUGGGCAACUGACCGAGUUCUUAUGCUCUUAACCAGGCAUCCCCAGACUUCAGCCCUCCAGAUGUUUUGGACUACAAUUCCCAUCAUCCCUGACCACUGGUCCUGUUAGCUAGGGAUCAUGGUAGUUGUAGGCCAAAACAUCUGGAGGGCCGCAGUUUGGGGAUGCCUGCUCUUAACUCUCACUGAGGGAGCGAUGAAAAGGGUUCACAGGGCGAUCUGAACCACAUCUACUCAGAAGUCAGCCCUGUCCAUUUCAGCAGCCUCACUCGCAGGUGAGUAGGUUCAGGAUUGCAGACGACGUGUGAAAGGAACAUUUUUUAAUGUGCCGGGAAACUUCGCUGAACUCCUUGCGGGUAAGGAGAAGGAUCCGUGCCAUGGGAAAGAACAUUGCUGGAAUAUACCUGUAUAGCAACGUAUCAAAUGUGGACACUCUGUUUGAAUUCCAUUUACAACUAACUAACUGCAGGGACGCGGGUGGCGCUGUGGUCUAAACCACAGAGCCUAGGGCUUGCCGAUCAGAAGGUUGGCGGUUCAAAUCCCCGCGACGGGGUGAGCUCCCGUUGCUCAGUCCCUGCUCCUGCCCACCUAAGCAGUUCAAAAGCACGUUAAAGUGCAAGUAGAUAAAUAGGUACCGCUCCGGCAGGAAGGUAAACGGUGUUUCCAUGCGCUGCUCUGGUUUGCCAGAAGCGGCUUAGUCAUGCUGGCCACAUGACCCGGAAGCUGUACACCGGCUCCCUUGGCCAGUAAAGCGAGAUGAGUGCCGUAACCCCAGAGUCAUCCGCGACUGAGUCUGGACCUAACAGUCAGGGGUCCCUUUACCUUUACCUUUAACUGCAGGGAAGCCAGACUCUGGGGUCUGAUAUAUGGAAGCGAUCCUGGACUGAAAUCGUGUUCCUGAUUCUGGAAUUUCACAGGCUGAGAUUUGUGGUCCGGGCUUCCAGAACUGCUACAAGUGCAACGGGGAAAUAGACUGACCAGCUGAAGGGCAGACCCUUCAGCUUGUCACUCAUCCCUCAUCUGGCCAGGCACAGAGGUUGAGAUGCCAAGCCAGUCAUCAUCCAUCAAACUUAAAACCAUGGAGAGACCUGGUCUGAAUAGAGACAUUGGAUUCUUAUCUCAUUAUACAUGAUAAACCCAUCUCAUCCCUUGCUUUUUCCUGUAAGACCAAUUGCAGUCGUUAACAGUCGUCCACAGGUUUACCACACCUAUCAGCCAACCACCCAUUCCCACCACCCUUCUGAGUAAUACCCCUCCCCACCUUCCCACUAUAUAUAAGGGUCUGGCGACUUCCCUUUCAGUGCAUCUGAAGAAGUGUGCAUGCACACGAAAGCUCAUACCAAUGACAAACUUGUUGUUGUUUUGUCGUUUAGUCUAGUCCGACUCUUCGUCAACCCAUGGACCAUAGCACGCCAGGCACUCCUGUCUUGCGCUGCCUCCCG